CAGGCCGAGCCCGAAAUUAGCGUUUGCGCAAAACGAGAGACAUGCUGGAUUGCGGCCUUUCGAGCAUACGGGUCCUUGAGCCGGCCCCGCUUUUGUUUACCUGAGGGAGGGAGAAGGCGUGGUUACCGCUGGCGACGCCCGCAGUCAGCUGACCGCGCGCCGGCUACUUUCCCAAGGCGCUUGAGGGGCGGUUUUUCAGAGGAUUGAAAUAUGUCUGGGUUCCUUGAAAAUGUUAGAUGCUCCGAGUGUGUUGACUGGGGAGAAAAACGAAAUACAAUAGCUUCUAUCGCAGCUGGUGUGCUGUUUUUUACAGGGUGGUGGAUUAUAAUAGAUGCAGCUGUCAAAUAUCCAGGUUCAGCAGAGUUCAACCAUUCAUACCAUGCUUGUGGAGUUAUAGCUACAGUUGCAUUCCUAAUGAUCAAUGCCGUCUCCAACGGUCAGGUGCGUGGGGACAGUUACAGUGAAGGGUGUCUUGGGCAAACAGGUGCUCGCAUCUGGCUGUUCAUCGGUUUUAUGUUGGCCUUUGGAUCCCUGAUUGCAUCAAUGUGGAUUCUCUUUGGAGGCUAUGUUAUCAAUGACAAACAAAGCAAACCACCAGUUUAUCCAGGAAUAGCAGUCUUCUUCCAGAAUGCUUUUAUUUUCUUUGGCGGUCUGGUGUUUAAAUUUGGUCGCACUGAGGAUUUGUGGCAAUAAGUGACGUGGAGCAUCUCACCUCCUAUUUUUAAUUGUCAUUUUGUAAUAUUAGUGCUCUGCUAUCAGCAAAAAAGAAAAUGCCCACAUUUUAAAAUCAUGAUACACAUUUCCAUUUUUGUUCCUUUCAACUUGAGACUUUUCUACUCUUGGCUUUUUGACAUUAAAUAUUGUAGCCUGUGAUUAAGCUGAGAUGGAAGAGGAACUCUUACUGUCCUCUUACUGAAUGUUUUUGUUAUACCUUAAUAUUAAUGUAUCUUUUACCGUUCCUUUUUUCCGGGAUAUAAGUGCUGGUUUUUUAAAAUGUGAAAUACUUGACUGACAGUAUAUGUGGAAUGCUUGUAUAUGAAGGUUAUUACUUAUGUGCAUAAAAUGUAAUAGAAAUAUACUCUUAUUGUAUUUCUAA